AUGUUUCCACUUUCACAAACAGUUUCCUCGCUGAAUCAUCGAAUUCGAGAGGGAAAUCUCAAAAUCUUCAUCUUUUCUCGUGCAUUUCCUAUUGGUUCACUUAGGCGAAAGUUAUGGCGAGUUGCGCAAACGACCCAGUUGCCGACCAUUAUUUUCUCUCGUGUAAUUGAAGCCAAGCGACAACGGAGUGCUCACUUCGGAUCAUUGCAAAUGCUUUUGAGAUACUUCAUUGACGAGAACGGACGCCGUGUCUACACUUUGAAGAAAACUGCUCCUGAGGUGCAGCAAGUACCGUGUGAUUGUGAAGAAACGUUUCGGAUUGCUUCCAUCUCAACAAGCAAAAAUUGUCUAUUAAUUUCUCGGAUGACAAUAUAUUGGGAAUGGCGUCGAAUUUUUCGACAAAAACUUCGUUCUUUUUCUCCACAACAAAGCAAAAUUUCUUAUCAACAAUGGGCUAAGCGUCGACUCGUCAUAUCAUUUGUGUUCUUUUUUGUCGGCUGGAAGGUUUUCGGCUACACUUUAACAGAAAUGGGCCUUUAUGUCUACGAUGAAGAGACCGGCAAGGGUCACUACCGUACUCCGGCUGAAGCUCGUGAAUUGCGCAACAAACUAGAGCUCGAACAUGAUCGCCGCCUAAAGAAACCAAUUGAUGUGAAGUCCUUUCCACUCGACGCC